UCCAGCCCGGGCCAGCAGCGCGCGCCGCCCCGAGUGACAGACGGAGACCCCUGUGCUGUGCGUGGGCUGCUCCCUCCGACCCCACAGCCAGAGGGCGGGACCCGCGUGCCAGCCCGGACCUGACCCAGCGCGGCGGCAGCGCCCGCCAGGACCGCCUCUGCGGGGAGAGAGCCCCUUUGUUCCGGCGCCUGGCAGCUGAGCGCGGGGCGGGCCGGAGGGAUUAUGGCCUGUCAAGUUAUGCCCGGGGCUGCCGGGCCUGCGACACCAUGCUGCUGUGGCUGAGCCUCCUGCUGUGGAGCGGCGCCUGCUGGGCUGACCAGAUGUACGGGGCUGCGCGCGGCACCUACUGCUCGGUGCCCCAGAGCAGCGACAGCGAUAUCACCGGCAUCCGGGUGUCCAUGGGCUUGGCCGGCCUCAUUAAAGGGGUCUCCCUGAGACAAGGCUCCGUCUGGAGCGAGAUGUGCGGCAAGAAGGACGUCAUCAACCAGGAGUUCAUUCUGUGGCCGGGCGAGCACGUCACCUCCGUGUACGGCGCCAGCAAGAGCUUCUUCCGCUACCUGGUCUUCUACACCAACUUCGGGCGCUGGGUCUCCUUUGGGCAGGAGGACGGCCGCACCUUCGCCGCCAACCCCGCCGAGCCCGGGAAGGUGCUGACCGGCAUCUUUGGGCAGUACAGCCUCCUGGGCCUCACGGGCAUGGGCUUCAAGUGGGACUACCCCCUGGUGGAGCCGACCACCCCGAGCUCUCCCACGACACUGAAUGUAAAGACAACAACACAUUAGUGCCCCCGGCUCCCAGGCAUGGAGUCAAGCACCUGCCGCAGCCUGUCUGGUGAUGGGUGUGGCCCUGGGGAUCUGAGUGCCCACCCGAGCCAGAGCCCUCCAAUAAAUGAAAGCACAAACCGCGUGUCCAGGCUGGUCCUUGGGU